AUGACUGUUUGUUAUAAUUUGCAAUUAUCAAACUCAAAACCAUGGACACUUUUUCUUAUUUUAUUACGAUGGCGUGGAAGUAUUUGGAAACUUGUGCUAAUUGAACUUAUCGUAUUUUUAUCAAUGUUUUUAUCAAUUAAUAUAUUUCUCAAUAAUAUACUUCCAGAAAAUAUACGGAAAAUAGUUGCGGAAAUAACAGAAUGGUUUAAAUCACAAGAAACAUUUAAAAUGAUACCAAUUGAAUUUAUGCUUGGUUUUCUUGUUCAGGCAAUUAUUACACGAUGGCAAAAAAUGAUUUAUCAUAUUGGUUUCAUUGAUAGUUUAUCAUUAACAGUAUCUGGUUAUAUUCAUAUUAAUACGGAUUACGGUCGUAUGAUACGGCGUAAUAUUGUCCGUUAUAUUUGUUUAGCUCAAGUACUUGCAUCACGAGAUUUUAGUAUUGCUGUACGAAAACGAUUUCCCACAAUUGAUUCUAUUGUUUCAGCUGGGUUAGGGAAAAUUAAGCUUUUAACAUACUUAACAUGA